AUGAGUUCAUCGGCAUAUACUGGUGAUGAACCACCACCACCAUAUUCAGAGACCAGCAAUGAUUCUAUUCCCUCUCACCAAAGACAGCCGCCGCCGCAUCCGACCAUAGACCAGUCAUCUUCAUCACGACCUACCCAGCUCUCCACUUUCGCCAUCAGUAUCAAACCAAAUACUCGCCCGUCGGAGAUCCCCUACCCAUCCGAGUGGGCUUCGAUACACCAUGUGAGCCCCCAGGACUGGGAUACCUUUGUUGGGCGUUUGAUCCCCGAAUCUGUGCACCGAGACAGCAAGUGCCUCUCUUACGAGCGCAAGAGAGCCAUCCAGGCAGUCAUCCAGGAGUGGAACGAGACCUACUUCGAGCCAAGAGGUGUCAAGAUCACCUUCGAUGAGCAUUCACACUCCCAACCGGGAGGCCAGUCGUAUUCAGGGGCGUCAUCCAGCACCGCUCUUCCGCCCGCAAGCCAUCCUGGCCCAUCAUCUGGGCCCCAAUCACAACGUCCUCCACAACCAUUCCCAGAUCAGCUACCUCCACGACCAAGCGGACAACAACCAUCUCGGAAGUACAUGUCCACGAGGCAGAAGUUGACGAAUAAACUGAAGCAGGUUGCUCAGGAAAACGACAUCACUUACUCGCCACAACAUUUCCGUGUCGGCCAGAUGUUCACGGUGGACGCCGGCAAAAUCCAAAUUGGCAGACUGAAUGUCGACGAUCGAGGGGUUCAGUACGGAGGGCGACCGAUAGGUCCCCAAUUCCCACCCGGCUACAUUGGCCAGACCAUGAAUCCUCAGAACCGACCUACCCAAAUGUAUCGUCACGGACAGAACGGCCCCAGCAAUGCGAGCAAUGCGUCUGGUUAUCAUUAUGGGGUUCAGCCCCAGGGAUAUUAUGGUCAUCAAGGGUACGGCCCCCCGAACGGCAUUCCGCAUACGGGAUCCUGGCCGUCUUCGACUUCAACCCAACAGCCAGGAGCAUAUGCUCCAUAUCAGGGACAGCCCUCUCAGUCUCAAAUGAACGGAUUCAGGCCGCCACAAGGACCUCCACCGCCCCAGGCCAGAGCAACAUUCGGAUGA